GCAAGAGAACGCCUGCGCAAAUGCGCGCGGGAGGCGGUGUCUGGCCAAUUUCUAGCGGCAAGUAGUAGUUUGUCGGUGGGAGGCCUUCUAGCUCGCUGAGAUGUUUCGCUUGGUGAGCUGGAAUAUCAACGGAAUCCGAAGUCCCCUGCCAGGGGCGGUAUGCCAGGAAUCCAACAACUGCCCCAGCGAGACCAUGGGACGCACUUUGGAGGAACUGGGUGCUGAUAUCGUCUGUCUCCAGGAAACCAAAGUGACCAGGGAUGUGCUGACAGAACCCCUGGCUAUUGUUGAGGGCUAUAACUCCUAUUUCAGCUACAGCCGCAGCCGUAGUGGCUAUUCUGGUGUAGCCACCUUCUGUAAAGACAGUGCUACCCCAGUGGCUGCUGAAGAAGGCCUGAGUGGCCUGUUUGCUACCCAGAAUGGGAACGUGGGUUGCUAUGGAAACAUGGAUGCGUUCACCCAGGAGGAGCUCCGGGCUUUGGAUAGUGAAGGUCGGGCCCUCCUUACACAGCACAAGAUCCGAACAUGGGAAGGGAAGGAGAAAACUUUGACCCUAAUCAAUGUGUACUGCCCCCGUGUGGACCCUGAGAAGCCUGAACGACUGACCUUCAAGAUGAGCUUCUAUCACUUGCUGCAGAUCCGAGCAGAAGCCCUUCUGGCAGCUGGCAGCCAUGUAAUCAUUCUGGGUGAUCUGAAUACAGCCUACCGCCGCAUUGACCACUGUGAUGCAGUCAACCUGGAAUGCUUUGAAGAGGACCCAGGACGCAAGUGGAUGGAUGGCUUGCUUAAUAACCUAGAGUGCCAGGCUGGGUCCCACAUGGGGCCCUUCAUUGAUACCUACCGCUAUUUUCAACCACAGCAAGAAGGGGCCUUUACCUGCUGGUCGGUGGUCAAUGGUGCCCGCCAUCUGAACUAUGGGUGCCGGCUUGACUACAUCCUAGGGGACAGGAGCCUGGUCAUGGACACCUUCCAGGCCUCUUUCCUGCUCCCUGAGAUUAUGGGCUCUGACCAUUGCCCUGUGGGUGCUGUUUUGAAUGUGUCCUCUGUGCCUGCAAAACACUGCCCACCCCUGUGUACCCGCUUCUUUCCUGAGUUUGCAGGCACUCAGCUCAAGAUUCUUCGUUUCCUAGUUCCCCUUGAACACAAACCUGUAUUGGAGCAGUCAGCUUUGCAACUCAGCAAUCAAACUCAGGUACAGAAACAACAAAACAAAUCCUGUGUUCGCUCAACCAGGCCUCGGUUAAGUCAAGCUAGCUCCAGAAGAGGCCAGAAAAACAUGACAAGCUACUUCCGGCCCUCUUCCAACCAUCCCCAAACUUCUUCUGACUUGAAGCUGCCUACCCUGCCUCUGGUGGGCACCCUCAUGACCACAAAGACUCCAGAAGAAGAGGAAAUAGCCAAAGUGGUAGAAGUGGAGAUAAAGGCUUCAGGGGCCAAAGAGGAGAAGGAGGCACUGACCUCAUUCUGGAAGUCUGUGUUGGCAGGGCCUUUGCCUAUGCCCCUCUGUAGGGGCCACAGGGAGCCAUGUGUGAUGCGUACUGUGAAGAAGCCAGGACCCAAUCUAGGCCGCCGUUUCUACAUGUGUGCCAGGCCUCAGGGUCCUCCCAGUGACCCCUCCUCCCGCUGCAACUUCUUCCAGUGGACUAGGCCCAGCUAAACCAAUUGAAGCCUAGGGAUAUCUGGGUUGGUCACCCUUGCACAGGAUCUGAUGCCAGCUCCCUUCUAAGUUGCUAGUGCUGCCUUCUCUUCCAAAGUUUCCUUUCCUCCUUUCUUCAUCCUCUUCUUUUCUUUUUCUUGCUCUUCUUCCUCUUGAAAGCUCCCAUCUUUCCUGGUACAGCUUCUUGUCCCUCUCUGAAGCCCCUCUUCCUCUUUCUUCUUGACCUACCUUUUCUUAUACCUUAAUGCUCUAACCCAGUCCUACACCCCACUUUCCACCUUCCUAUCAGAAGUACAUGGGAACCAGGUGUUCCAAAUAGUUGCCAUUUUAAAUCCCUUUUGUCCUUAUUGGGAAAUGUUCAUAAAUAAAGUGUCUUUGUUACAGAGUA